AUGCCAGUAGAAAAACUUUCUUUCGCGGAAGCGAAACGAAAGGCAAAUGAAAGGAUCGCAGAGUGGGUAUCAGAGACGAAGGCUGCGGGAAUUGUACGUCUGCAGGAUAGAUAUGGGGACGUUUUCAAGAAGAUGGACUGGCGCGCGGAACAGAGUCCGACGCCGAAAAUGGGAACAAAACUUAAACCCAUGACGAUGCCUGUAAAUUAUAUUACAGGAACAGGUUGCAAGAUGAAAGAAGUGGUUCAGCCUACGCCUGAAAUUCCUCCAAGCAGAAUGGGCAGGCGCUCUCACAAUCAAAGUAGGUGUAAAAGUAGAACAAAGAGUCGACAAACACCUGAAAGAUGUCAGAGUAGCCGGCUGACAUCGGAGAAGCAAUCCGAGUCCAGGAAGCGGUACCGAGAUAGUGCUUCUCUCAUCUAUGGUGAUAACAGAAAUAACAUAAGUUCACGGAUGGCCAGUGCAUGUAGCGAUGCCAUGUCACUCAUAUUGGACGGCCUUCCAAGUGAUUCAUGUGAUCAGAAAACUCAAAUCAACACAGAAUUCAAUGAAAAAAUAAAAGCAGAAAUCAACUUUUUGAGUCUGAAACGCCCUACCUUCAACAGUAAAGCCAAAAGAGGAUACAACUACCAAUAUAAGCCUGUACGCAAAGGUACAAAGAGUCCAGCAUUUUGUGGGAAAAAAACUCAACCGCAGAAAAAGCGAAUGAGUAUUUUCCCAGCAAAUUUUCAAAAGAGGAGGAGAACAAUAAGAUAUGUGGAAAAUGAAAUUCCUUGUUGUGAAAUAGAUGAAUGUGAUGAAGUGAUCUCUACAGAUACGAGUAGUGGGACGUCUGUAAUGGUGGGAUCAGAAGCUAUUCAGAACUCACCUUUGAGGACAUCUGCCACACCUCCCAAAAUCAUCAAUGCAAAACUGAUGCCAUCGUCUGCCAGGCGUAACAGUAAUAGACCAUUUACCCGUGCAUCCAGUAGGAGAUUUGAGAGGUCGAAAACUGGUUUGGCCCUCACAGUGAUUACUGGUGUCAACCGUAAAUCCUCCAGCCUGUCCAGAAGACAUUUAUUGACAAAAUCUGCAUUCAGGAGGUCUGCUUACAAUACCGAUAUCAGUAAAGACUCGACUCCAGACAGCAAAAAAAGGGGGGUAAGCUAUAACAUGAGAAAGAAAAUUGCGUUGAGACGUUUCCGGGUCGUUGUACGAAUGAUCAUGUGUGUGAUGCUGAUUCUGAGAUCUACGGUGAAAACAGUAAAGAAAAAUCUUCACAAGGAAGUCAGUCGCAAGAAAAAGAAAACGAAAGGUUUCAUGGCUUUUGACCCUUCGUACUACAGUUCUGCUACUACUACAUAUGGUUACUUGUCAGAGAAUUCCAGGAUUGCGCUUCAGAAGGUGCCACUGAUACGGACACAGGCAGACAUCAGAGUUCUAACAGAGGUGAUGUGUCGUCUACCCCUGUUUGCUAAAUACUCCAGGAAGGUGAAGGAGGAGCUAGCGAGAUUUGUUUGGUAUGAUAUGUAUGAGGCAGGACGCAUUAUCAUCCGUCAGGGUGACGUGGGGUCCCGUAUGUACUUCCUGGUGUCAGGCACAGUAUCCAUCCAUCGCACGGAGGAGGAUUCUAAGACAGGUGUGAAGGUUAUACAACACCUGAGAGACAUAGAGAUGGGCGCUACCUUUGGAGAACUGGCCCUGAUCCGCAAUAUCUCCAGGACUUAUACUGCUGUCUGUAAAGUGGACUCUGAGUUCCUGAGCGUCGACAAGGAACAGUUUAACAAAGUAUUACGACAAAACUGGGAGGAGAGCUGGCAGAACCGAUACAACUUUCUGACAUCUUCGUCGUAUUUCAACGAGUGGACUAAAGAUCAGCUGCGUCAAACAGCUGAUGUUGCCCUCAUUCAGGAGUUCAACAGUAAUAAGUUGGUAUUUGGCAAUGAAAAUAAACUUACAAACUGGGUCUACUUUAUCCUGAGAGGAAGAUGUCAGGUGGUACAGAAACUCAGCAUGGUACGCAGCAAAUCUCCGUACCAGAGGUCUUGUCUUACACUCCCUGGCACGCAGAAGGCAGAGGAAACUCUGAAGACCUUCUUGGACAAACCUUACGGAAAGAAGCAGCGUCAACUCGCACUUGAUACUCACUACCUCACCAUCACAUCCCUUCAAAAGGGGGACUACUUUGGUGUAGGUGAAAACAUGAAAAAUUGUUACAUAGUGACCACAACAAGAGCAGAUAUCUUGUUGAUAAAUGCAGCCAGUUAUAGUAUCCAUUCAAAACGGGAUGAGUUGGAAAAACUCAGAGCAAAGAGGGAUAAACUAUUGCCAACACUAAAGGAACUGCAUCGACAAUUUGAAGUGAAUCGGCGAUGGUGGGAAUACAAACGAGAUGUUGUAGCGGAGGUUGUACAGCGAAGAUCUAUACCCAACAAUACCAGCAUUAGAGACAUUCCCAGGACCAUUAGAGAGAAUGAAGGUAUUCCAGCAUGCUUGGCCAGGAAUACCAAGUAUUAA